AUGGCAGAGGUGCAGCAGCUCCGGGUGCAGGAGGCAGUGGAUUCCACGGUGAAGAGUGUGGAGAGAGAGAACAUCCAGAAGAUGCAGGGCCUCAUGUUCCAGUGCAGUGCCACCUGCUGUGAAGAUAACCAGGUGUCCAUGCAACAGGUGCACCAGUGCAUCGAGCGCUGCCAUGUACCUCUGGCUCAAGCACAGGCCUUGACCAGUGAGUUGGAAAAGUUCCAAGACUCCCUGGCCCCAUGCACCAUGCAUUGUAAUGACAAAGCCAAAGAUUCAAUAGAUGCAGGGAAUAAGGAGCUUCAGGUGAAAUGGCAGCUGGACAUUUGUGUGACCAAGUGUGUGGAUGACCACAUGCACCUCAUCCCAAGAAGAUGA